AUGGAGGAAGAAUCACCGCCGCCGCCAUCAGAUCUCCCAAGUCCGAAUCCAAACAGUCCCAGGGACCCCGCACUCCAAAAAAAACAUCAAGCAAUGCUAGACCGCUUGACCAAUCGCCACCAAUCCCGCCAAAAAACUACCUCCACCACCACUGAUUCCACCUCCUCCUUCCUCUCCACAUUCACCGACUCCAAACGCUCAAUCGAAUCCCAACUCACCAACUCGCCCAGCACAACAGAUCCUACUCUCCUAAAAUCUCAUCUCGCCAGUAUCUCAUCCUCCAUCUCCUCCCUUGAAAAGCUGGUCGCUGAAAGCUCCUACUCUCUCCCUUCUUACGAGCUCCGCUCCUCUCUCAAAUCCAUCGAGAAUUUAAAACAAUCUCUCGAGAAUUUGAAUUCCCAACUUCUCCCUAAAAAGAAAUUCUCUUUCAGAAACAAAUCCACAAAUAAAUCAAAUCAUGAGAAUUCAAAUUCAAUUCAAAUCCCAUCAAAUCCCGAGAAUUCAAAUCCAAUUCCAACUCAAAUUCCUCUUUCAAUUCGCGAUUCACCUGGAAUUCGAAACAAAGAAAAUCAAAAUCUUACCAAGAAUUUCAAGAAUUUUAAAGAGAUUGGAGAAUUUACGCUGUCGGAUUUGGAUUCAUGUGAAGUGAAAUUGAUCGGUUGCGUUAACGCAUUAUUCGUUAACAAAUUGAGGAAUUGUAGGGUUUAUACGGGACCUGUGAUUGGUUCAGUUUUGAUAGAGGAAGUAGAAAACUGCGUGUUUGUGUUAGCAUCGCAUCAGAUUAGGAUACAUUAUGCGAAAAGUUGUGAGUUUUAUUUGAGAGUGAGGAGUAGGCCAAUAAUUGAGGAUUGUGAAGGUGCGAAGUUUGCGCCGUAUUGUUUGAGGUAUGAGGGGAUCGAGGAGGAUUUGAGGGAAGCUGGGUUGGAAGAGGAGAAUGAGAAUUGGGGAUAUGUGGAUGAUUUUAAGUGGUUGAGAGCAGUGAAAUCGCCUAAUUGGUCGGUUUUGGAGGAGAAUGAAAGGAUCGAAAGUGUGGAGAUUGAGGAUUCAGGAAGUGCCGAAAUGGAAGUGGAGAGUGAGGGGGUUUAA